AUGCAAGCAUUUUUUAAUGAUUUAGGACCUAUACGAGAAUAUGAUGAAAGAAUAGAAGAAUAAGAUGAUACAAUAUAUUCAUAAAUAGUUGUUUAUGAUAGGGAAUCAAUAAAAGUUGAACAAAGAAAUGAUAAAGAUCUUUUUGAAGGAAUACAAGGUUCUUUUAAUAUUGAGUUACAAGAGACUAUGGAAACAAGUAUCAUUAAAUUAUAAUUAGCUUAUAAUAAAUAUAAUGAACUUAUUACAAUUGCUACAGAAUUAACUUAAUUAUUUGGUUUAUAAGACAUGUUUACGUUAAAAACAACUUAAUUGACAAAGUUAUGUCUAAUUGGAUAAAUGUAGAUAUAAUCAGUGAUUGAGAAUCUUAGUAAAGAUUAUUCUCACAUUAUUGGAGACUUUUGUCUCUAUUCAAAAGAUAUUAACUUAAAUUAUGUUUACUAAAUUCUAUCUAUUUUAAAUAUCAAUCUCUUACCCAAAAUCUUAAAUGUAUGUGAAGAAUUUUUCAUUAAAAAUCAUACUAGAAAACCAAAACAUAUUCUGAUUGAAUUACACUAUAAUUUAUCUAAAUUUUUAUGUGUUUUAGAAGCUUUUCCUCAUGCAUGUGCCUCGUAAGACAUUAAAUAUGAAUAUAAGAAUAACAUAAUUGUUAAAGAAAUUGCAAAAAAAGAAUAAAUUGAUCAUGCUUAUAAAUUUAUAUUGUCUGCUAUACAAUCAGCUUAAGCAAUGAUGUAAAAGAAAUCUGAAACAGAAACUAAAAUUUUCAGAGGUAUUAUUCACAAUUUAGGACCUAUCUAUUAUAUGUUGGCUAGAAAAUAAGGCUUAUUGAAAGCACAUUAAUUAAUGGCAGAACCAACAGUAGAAUUGGCUUUUGCAGUUUGGAAUAUGGGUGAAACAGGUUUAGCUAAACAUUUAAUGCCAAUAAUAUUUCCAUCUAUAAAAUACAAAUAAUGUAUAUAUAUUCCAAGAUAUUUUAAACAAAUUAAUCUUGAAUAUGUUAAAUACUAUUAGAAACAUUAUAUGGGUAUAAUCACUCCACCUUAGCCAUUAAUUGAUAAAAGCCCAAAAUUAUUAUCUUUUUAUCAAUUAAUUGAAAAUGGGGAUGAUAGAAUUAAAAUUCGAAUUCUUAAUUCAGAAACUUUAAAUAUAAGUCCAUCCUCAAGUUUAUAAAAUUACUAUUAAGAUCCAUUAAUUUAGAUAUCUAGAACUAGUUUUAUUGAUAGAUUGUUUCAUAAGAAAACAAACACAACUUAUGAAAAUAUUAUAAUACAUAUACAUGGCGGAGGAUUUGUUUCUAUGUCCUCAAGAUCUCAUUAAAUAUAUACUAGAUUAUGGGCAAACUCUCUAGGAGUACCUAUAUUUUCAAUUGAUUAUCGAUUAUCUCCUUAAUAUUCCUUUCCUGCAGCUCUUGAUGACUGUUGGCAAGCUUAUCUUUGGAUUAUUCAUUUUGCAUUACAUUAUUUUAGUAAUAAUCUCUAAUAUACAUUUAGAUAUAACUCCAAAAAAAAUUAUAUUAAUUGGUGAUAGUGCUGGUGGUAAUUUAUGUGCUGCAUUAACUGCUUUAUGUAUACGAGAGAGUGUAUAUUUGCCUGCUGGUAUUAUUUUAGCAUAUCCUGCAUUGAAUCUUGAUCCAAAAAAUUUCAAUAUGUAUUAAUUUGUUUCAUUAGAUGAUGGAUGUAAUUUAAUUUGUCAAAUAUUUAGUAUUACCUCAUUCAUUUUUGAAAUUAUGUGUGAAAUCUUAUAUUUAAGAUGAAACACUUAAUUAUAAGGAUUCUUUGAUAUCCCCUGGUGAAGCCAUUGAUGAAGUAUUGUAACAAUUCCCCUAGACUUAUAUUUUGACAGGAACAAAUGAUCCUUUGCAUGGAGAUACUUGGACAUUAUUAGGAAGAUUAAUGUAUUCUAUUCAAUUCUACUUAAGUAAUUUAGGAAAGAAAUGCAAAUUGUAUAAAUAUGAUUACAUGCCUCAUGGAUUUUUGAAUUUUUAUAAUUUGAUCCCGAAUGGAGAGUAAUGCAUCAAUGACGUUACUCAAAUCAUAAAAGACAUAUUUUCUUAAUGA